UAAAGACACAUUCACUAAGUCACUCCAAUUGUGUCCUAGAUAGUACCCACACCAGUACUAUGGCCAAACAAAACCAACUCCCAUUCCUCACAUUAGCCACUCUUUUGGUCAUCAUAGUUUUUGUUUCGGAAACGCUUUGCCGCACUCUUGGAGAGGAACACCUGUUAAAGCAACAUGAGCAGUGGAUGGCGGUUCACGGGCGCGUGUACAAGGAUGCGGAUGAAAAAGCGAAACGGUAUGAGAUAUUCAAACAGAACGUUAACCGCAUCAACGCCUUUAAUAAUGAUAAGGACGCGGCGUAUAAACUGGCUGUGAACAAGUUCGCGGACCUAACCAACGAGGAGUUCCGCGCUUCCUUCACCGGCUACAAGAGGAGGUCCACCCGUGUCCUGACCUCUGUGGACGAGAAACCGUUCAAGUACGCGAACUUCACCGCUGCUCCACCCGUCUUGGACUGGCGAACCAAGAAGGCUGUGACAUCUGUCAAGGAUCAAAGCAGCUGUGGAGCUUGUUGGGCGUUCUCGGCUGUGGCGGCUAUGGAAGGGAUUACCAUGCUCAAGAAGGGGAAGUUGGUGUCACUCUCGGAGCAAGAACUCGUGGAUUGCGAUGUUAACGGUGUCAACGAAGGCUGCGAGGGCGGGCUCAUGGACAGUGCCUUCCAGUUCAUCAAAAGCAAGGGUGGCCUCACCUCCGAGGCAAACUACCCUUACCAGGGGAAUGACGGGACCUGCAGAACGGCCAAGGCGGCGAAUAUCGUGGCCUCGAUAACAGGCUACCAGGAUGUGCCGGCCAACAAUGAGAAGGCCCUCCUGCAGGCCGUGGCGAACCAGCCGGUCUCUGUGGCAAUCGAGGGGAGCGGGUUCUCAUUCCAGUUCUACUCAGGUGGUGUGUUCACGGGCUCGUGUGGAACCAGCCUUGACCACGCCGUCACAGCCGUGGGGUACGGUACGACCUCCGGCGGGGCCAAGUAUUGGCUGCUGAAGAAUUCGUGGGGCACCGGGUGGGGCGAGAGCGGGUACAUGAGGAUCCGGAGGGAUGUAACCUCCAAGGCUGGUCUCUGUGGUCUCGCCAUGGAACCUUCUUAUCCAACUGCAUGAUAUGAUCUUAUACAUGUCGCACUGGCUCUUAGCCUCUCUUUAAGUAUGGAAAUGAUGUGUAGCGUCUCUGUAAAAGAAGCAAGUGUAAGUGAUAAUACGUCAGUAGGGGUGGUGUGUGCUACAUCAAAAAGUGUAUAUGCUUAGCAAAAUUAAGGCCCUGCCGAUUAAUUUCGGUACUAAGUGUUCAAAUAACUGUACUGUACAAGAACAAAUUCAAGUGAAUGAAUGAAAUAGCUUGGUCAGCGUGAUUUUAAGUA